UUUGUCUCUCUCUAAUUAAUCCUCACGCCUCGCAUUAAUUUCGUUCCCUCCAUAAAUCAUUUAUCCAACCUUCCGUUACAAAGUUUUCUUCCUUUUUGGCUUUUUAUGUUUGAAUUUCCAUUAAAAAAAAAAAGAAGAAAUUCACAGGAUCAUUGAUGUUGCUGAAGCAGAAGUUUGGGGGUUAUUGAUUCUGCUUUGAAGCUGCAUAAAACUGGGUUUUAAAUAGGGAUAUGCAGGGAGACGUGUUAGCAGUUCAUCGUGGAGAUGGGAAUAGAGAUGACUUUUUAAGAUACCCCAAGAAGAUGGAUGUGGAAGAUGAAUAUAAAACUGAGGCCUUUAGGGAUGGUGAUGAAGUAGAACAUGAGCAGCAGAGUAAUUUGGUGGUGGAAAGAGAUGGUCUUCAAACCAAGGAUGGAGAAAAUGAUUGCUCUUCUCCCAAAGUGGAUGCGUUGGAAGAUUUGAAAGCUAGCUGUGAGGAAGAAGUUGGGUUUUGCUCACCUGAGAGCGUUAACAGAGAAGAUGAAGAUGAGCCUUUGGAAAGGGUAAAUAGGGAUGAAGAAGAACAAACUGUCUUGGAAAGAGAUGCAAAGGUACUCGGUUUUGUAUCAAGGGAUAAUAAAGAAUCUGCUUCAGAUUCAUCACCGGAGAGAGAUAGCAUGAAAGAACUGGAUACAAAUGGUCAUUUUGAUGUGGUUGGAACUGAAGAAGAUACAGGAACUAGUAACAGAUGCGAAAAUAGGGAUGGGAACAGGGAUUUGGGAAAGGACGGUGAAGAUAAGAUGCAAGUUGAUAACACAGUUAUUAGAAAGAUGGAAAUGAUAGAAGUUACCGGAGGGCAAUACUCUCCCUCGUGUACUCCUGAUGAAGUUAAAUCAGCUGGAGAGACAUCUCAAAACGUAUACUUCAAUGGACCAGUGUUACCACAGUCACCAUCACAAGGACAUAGGCGCGCCCAGAGUGAGAUAGGGACUCCAGGACACAGGCGCACAAACAGUUUCCAGAAACUGAAAACACAGAUGCAGAAGGCUUGGCGUGGGGUCAGCAAUCUGCGUGAUGAAACACAGUUUCCCACUUUCAACCCUGAGGUCUUAGCUAACCAAAAAAGACAGUGGUACCAGCUCCACUCCUCUAAAGCUCUUCUGGACCAAACAAAAUAUAAGGAGCCAACCUCACUAUUUGAACAUUUUAUCAUUGUGGGGCUUCUUCCGGAAACUGAUUUGAAGCCAGUUGAGGAGGCUUUCCGUAGAAGGAAGAAGUGGGAGACGGAGAUGUCAAGGUAUGAAGUGGCAGACUACAGAAUACUCCGUCACCGUGGGCCUCAGUUUCCAGUAUUGCAGCCACAGAUACUUUUUAAAUACCCUCCGGGGAAGAAGGUGGCGAUGCGUCCAAAAGAUCUAGCAGCUUUCUGCUUUCCUGGUGGUGUCAAGGCACGACUUUUGGAGAGGUCCCCAUCUCUCAGUGAUCUAAAUGAACUUGUGUACGGACAGGAACAUUUAGGCACAGAUGACUCAUCGUUCAUAUUUUCGUUCAAGGUAGCAGAUGAUGCGACAUUAUAUGGUGUUUGUUUACAUGUCUCGGAGAUUGUUCAGAGGCCCCCUGGUGUUUUAAGCACUGCGUCACCCUUGCAUCCAACUGGAGGAGGCAGUCGUUUUUUGGUUUCUGCACCUCGAUGCUAUUGCCUGCUGACCAGAGUUCCUUUUUUUGAGCUGCACUUUGAGAUGUUAAACAGUAUGAUUGCACAAGAGCGUCUAAAACGGAUAACUGAAUUUGUUAGUGAGAUGUCUCUUGCCGCUGCAUGCCAUAGUCCUUCAGUUUCCAGAAUGAAUAGCUGUGUUUCUUCACCUCGUAGCAACCCUGCUGAUUGGAUGGCUUCUGCAAUACCUGUGGAUGGAGUCAUGGCACUCACGGCCGCUGCUGCAGGCUUGAUAUCUGAUAGUGACAUUGCGAGCUUUGCAGAACCGCAGUCUCCAGAUAGUGUUGUCGCCAGUGAUACUUCAGAUGCAAGUCAGAUCAAGGAAAUAGAAAGAGAUGGGAGAAAAGUUUUCCAUUGUUACGAUGAUAAUUCUUCUGAAGUAUUUGAGAACCACUUGGGUACACCCGAAAGAACGUCCCAAAGCUUUGAGAACGGCCACGCUUCUCCAGAGGUUACAUGUACAGAUCCUAGGAUCCAACCGAUAGAGCGUUACGAAAGCUGUGAGUCCGUGUUCAGUUCAGCUAGAAAUGUGUUGUCAGAUGAGGUUGAUGAAAUAUCCAACAGCGAAAAUGAUUUCGGAGAUGAUUUAGUUCUGGAAUGGGCUAAGGAACAUAACAAUGAUGCGUUACAAUUAAUCUGCGGCUACCAUUCACUGGCAAUUCCUUCCCGUGGAAGUGAAGUGGUGUUCCAGCCGCUGGAACAUUUACAAUCCAUUGCGUAUACAAGACCUCCUGUUUCAGCUCUAGGAUUGUCAGAAGAAUUUGUCUACUCUUCUGAUUCUUCCGAGAUAAAUGCGAGGUUGGCAGCUGCCGAGGAGGCUAUGGGUCUCUCAAUGUGGACAACGGCAACAGUUUGUCGUAUUCUCUCUCUUGAAACUAUUUUGUCACUCCUUGCUGGAGUUUUGUUAGAAAAGCAAAUUGUGGUAAUCUGCCCAAAUCUGGGUGUUUUGUCAGCAAUAGUACUGUCUCUUGUCCCCAUGAUUCGACCGUUUCAGUGGCAGAGUUUAUUGCUUCCGGUUCUUCCCGGGAGGAUGUUUGAUUUCCUCGAGGCACCCGUUCCGUUCCUUGUCGGUAUACACAGUAAGCCUACUGAUUGGAAGGUGAAGACGUCUAACCUUAUUCUAGUUAACAUCAUCAACAAUCAGGUGAAAAUAUGUAACAUGCCAGCAUUGCCUCAGCGGAGAGAACUCAUGGCUCAGUUGACUCCAAUCCAUGCCACACUGGCUCAUCAUAGCUCGACUGCUAGAAAACACCCCGUUUAUAAAUGCAAUCAAGUACAAGCAGAAGCUGCCACUAAAUUCUUGGGAGUGAUGAGAGAUUACAUGGAGUCUCUUUGCUCAGAUUUACACUCUCACACCAUAACAAGUGUUCAAUCCAAUAGCGACAGGGUUUCUCUACUUCUAAAGGACAGUUUUAUCGAUUCCUUUUCUGGUAGAGACAGACCCUUCGUUAAGUUAUUUGUAGACACACAGCUGUUUAGCGUUCUAUCAGACUCACGGCUAUCGAGCUUCGAGAACGGGGGUCUCUAAAGCUCACUUUGUCAUCAACUUAUACAAUACAAACUGAAGAAACCAACCAAAGUCAAGUCAUAUGAAGAAGCAAAUGACGGUACUUUUAACCACCUUUUUACACUCAGAAGACUCCACAUGUGAUGUAUACAAAUGUCUUAACACAGAUUUUACUGCAGUAGAAAAAGGUAAGAAAACAAUAAAAGAAAAAGAACAGAGACAUGCUUAUCGUGUCUGGUCCUUGUAUCAUUAAGAAGCUAAACUUGUUUCUUACUCUUGUAAAUUAAUCAACGCUCAAUAGGAGCUUGUUGUUUGACAAAAGUUGUACAUAACACUUGAAACCGCUUUUGCUUAUUUCAAGUGUUUGAUUUGAUUUUUCAUAAUAAUCUCA